UCUUGUGACGGUUUGAAAUGGAAUGGACAGCGUUGUCUGUGAACGUCAGUAUAUUUACUGAUCAUUGAUUUAUAUUUUCGCCGAGGACGAAAUCCCGGCAUCAUCCAUGGACACCGAUCGAGGACACCGAAACGUGCCACGAAUUGCGACUCGGGCGCGCAGAGACCUCGGAAGCAAUAAGUGAAUAGCGCACACCUGCCUUAGAUGCUCCUCCACCUCUCCACUCUCCGUGUUGUAAGACGACAGAAAUAACGGACAGUUUAACGGGACCUCACAGCAAUUACGGAUAUGACACGAUUUGCUGAAGGAGCAUCAAUUUUAUUGGUUACGGCCGGUAGCCGGUUGGAUUUCUGUCUGCAAAGUGUUUAGUCAACGCCCCCGUUAAGGCGAUUUCUUUCUUGGAUAUAUUUGGCGUCUCUUUUAUGGUCAUUUUUGAUGAUUUUGGGGGGUCUGGAGAGGAAACGGAGAGAGGGAGAGGUGUGGGGACCCUGUCCUCUGCUGCAUCUCUAGAUGACAGAGAUGUCUGAAUGGAGCAGGAUACCGCGCGGGAAGAUGGGCGGUCCCGGGGGAGCGGCGUGUCAGAGUCGUACAGUAUGUCGUACGGUGUGUCGUAAAGCUCGAGUGGCUUGCUGAGCGCAGGUUCCAGGAUGCUACUGGGAACGUUGCGGCGGCUGCUGAUGUGCAGCGCGCUCCUGCUCUUGACGGUGAUGCUGGUUUCCAUAGCGAUGACAAGCACACCUGUGUCAGUGGAGCUCCUCUCCAGUAUGUACAAGCGGGCCCUAGGUGACUUCCCAGUGAAGGCUAACUUACCUGCAGCUUCAUCAUCUUCAUCGCAGCACUCCGAGAGUCCCAGACACCGAGCUCAUGCACCAUCAGGUGCCAAGCAUCCCGUUCACUCCAGUCACCAUGACAAUGCAGCCAGCAUAGUUCCCACCCCAUCGCAUGGCGCUAAUGGCAGAUCCAGUAACCUAGGAGAUGGUGCGCAUGGCAUUCACCUGUUGUUACGCCCCCCAGACCUUCUGACACCCAGCCAGAUCCCUCUUCUUCAUGGUCACAGCCCACCUACACCAGCCCCUCCCACUCUGGUCGUACCGGACGACCUGUACCCUGCCCCUUCUGCGGAGGUGGACUGGGGUUCCGGAGAUUACCUGGAGACACUGACCUUCAUGGGCUCUGAAGGGGAGGAGUUUUCUCUGGUCACCACCCUCCCAACACAUGGAUAUGACCCAUACGAUUCUGACGAUGACUUCAGCGCUGGGGUGAGCUACAACACUGCCUUCCCCUCUAGGCCCAUUCCAAGCCUAUCCUCGAGACUCCUCCUCCCCAGUGUAACUGUGGGAUACGGCACAAGCCUAAGGACGGCCCACCCCGCUGACCCACACCCUCCUCAUGUCCCUGACUCUGCCCAGGACAGCGACAUGAAUGAUGAUCUGGAUUUUGACUGGGGCGAGCUGUACCCUAUCGAACCCACCGAGAUGCUCCUUCCAGAUAUGAACAGUAUGGAGUACUACAACACCCUGCAGGCCAAGGAGAACGCCAGUGCUGGGGGUAACCGCACGCGCCCCGCUCGCCCCCACAUCACCCCCACCGCCACCCAAACACACACUGCCGGCCCCACACGCACUCUCGCCCCUUCCAUGGCCACCAGCCCUGUGGAAGCGCCAGACCAAGUGGACAUCCCACUUCCCAUCCCAUCAGUCACGCCCACGCUGCUACAGAAGGCCGCGACACCACCCGCAACACCACCCGCCUCUUCUACAGACCGCCAGCAGCCUGCUAGACCUCCCUGGUUCCCAGAGAAGGAAUCUCCUCACCCGCCUUCGCCUGGUCCUAAAGCGGGCAGUUCCCAGCCUGCAGUGCCCUCAGGCCUAGUCCCACCGGGCGUCCCCCUGGGUCCAGACAUCCAGGCUGUCACAGUGAAGCCCCCCUCCCCUCCGAACCUCCAUACAACCACCAAACCCACUACCACCACCACUGUAGCUACCAAAACCAUGACCACUCUCGCUGAUAAGCCUUUAACUCCUCCAACUCCCAGAAUCCCUCUCUCCAUCGCCCCCAGGCAGUACGUUUGCAACAUCACAAAGCCAGACAUGUACCUGGUCCGAGUGGGAAUGCCCAGUGUGCCCUCUGUGUCAUUUGCUAAGGCUCAUGUAAGAGAAAUUCUGAGACGAGAAUUCAACCGCUCAGUAGAACUACAGGUCCUCAAAGCCCCGCCCAAUUUCGUCUUCCGGGCUGUGUCUGGCCCCCUGGUGUACACAGCGGUGUCAAUCAUCAACACCCUCCGCCAAUCAGCACGCAGUACCUCCUCCUCUGCCAUCCUUGCAGUCAUGCCCAUAUAUGCCGUGCCUGAUUACAAGUACCACGUACACUCAGUGCUGCAGUUUGUGCCGAGUCAUGUGGACGUGCGCGUGUGCACGUUCAGCGAGCGGGUGGAGAGGGGACUGUUCAUGGCCUACGCGGAGGUGCGCAGAAGACAGCAGGAAAACGGAAACUUCACUGUGCACAUCUUUAACAUCACCAUCAGCGUGGCGAAAGGUCAGCGCCAGCAGAAGACCCCAGUGGACGUCACGUUUGCUAUCCGCGAUUCCCACGGCUACCUCAAGGGGGCAGAUGUCAGUGCUCAGCUGAGGCAGCUCAAUGUAGUGGAGUUCAGCUUCUACCUGGGCUUCCCUACCCUGCAGAUCGCAGAGCCUUUCCAUUACCCAGAACUGAAUGUGUCCCAUCUGUUACGAUCCUCCUGGGUGAAAACAGUGUUACUGGGUGUGUUAGAUCAGCGUGUGAAUGAGAGGACGUUCCAGGCUAAGAUGGAGAGGCGAUUGGCUGUCUUGGUGGGGGAGGGGCUUGGCCUGGGAGGCAGCCGGCGCUGGAAACGCUCCACUAGUGUGGGCAACAACAGCGUGCAGAUCGUGCGAGCUUCACGCUUGGACGGGGCUGAUAACCCUCUGGAACUGGUGUAUUUCGUGGAGGCGGGAUCAGGGGAGCGGCUCUCAGCUCAAACCACGGCUGCUAUGCUCAACAGGCUGAACGUGCAAAGGGCAGCUAUUGUGCUGGGUUACAGAGUGCACGGACCACUGGCCACUCCGGUGGAGAAGCUGACCCUGCCUCCUUCUGAGACGCAGCCUAGUAACGUGUGGUUGAUUGUCGGGGUGGUGGUCCCUGUACUGGUGGUCAUCCUCAUUAUCAUCAUCCUUUACUGGAAAUUGUGCCGCUCGGAGAAACUGGAGUUCCAGCCAGAUGCCAUGAGCACCAUUCAACAGAGACAGAAGCUCCAGGCUCCCAGUGUGAAAGGUUUUGACUUUGCAAAGCUCCACCUUGGGCAGCACAGUAAGGAUGAUAUAAUGGUGAUCCAAGAGCCUGCCCCUUUACCACCACCUACCAAAGAGGCCACACCCUCUGAGGGUGGAGAACUGAACACACCCAAAUCUAAGAGUUCAUCCACUAAAGCGUCACGUGCAGCUCGAAGGAGGGGCAGGUUGUCUCCUUCUGAUGGUGACUCAUUGGGCAGUGAGGCCUCCAGUGGCAGAGGGUCAGCAGAGGAGAGCACAAGACCUGCAGUCACACCCAGCGACAGCAAACCCCACCACCGCAAGAGCAAGCAUGCACAGAACAAACUUGGUGCAGCAUCAGGCAGCGGAGUGGAUGAACAAUUAUCUUCCUCCUCCAUUUUUGAGCAUGUGGAUCGUCUGUCUCGAGGUUCGUCAGAUGGAAUGCGACGAGUGUCCAAUAAGAUCCAGCUAAUUGCCAUGCAGCCCAUGCCGAGCCCGCCCCCUCAUACGCAUAACCAAGCCCUAAGCCCUGCCCUCACUGAACGAGUGACAGAUGGGGCAAAGGUUAACACAGAGAUCCAGGUUGCCCUGAGGCACAAGUCCGAAAUUGAGCACCACCGGAAUAAGAUCCGUCUGCGUGCCAAGAGGAAAGGACACUACGAGUUCCCCUCCAUGGAGGACAUCAUGGCAGUGUUCGGGGACGGAUCGGAGCAGCAACGCGUCUACCAGCAGGCCCAAGAGCAGAUCCACAAGAUUCUUCACCCCGACGCACAGAUGCCGUCCCCCUGCGGAGACACCCACUGCAGUUCCAGAGGCAGGCGUUCUCCCAGACAACGGCACCGGCAGAAUUUGAAUUUGAGUGGCACCAGUAGUCUGACCGAUAAAGACCGCCUCAUUACGGACGGCGACGUCACCUACAGGAAGUACCCAGGAGUCAACAACGUGGCCUACGUGUCUGAUGCAGAUCAACUUCCUGAUGUUGGUAGCCCCUCCCCCACUGAUGAGGUAUUCAUUGACCCUGGGUCUCCACCUCCUGAACCAGCUCCUGCUCCACCCAGCUAUGUCCCGCCUCAGCCAAGCAUCGAGGAGGCGCGCCAACAAAUGCACUCCCUAUUGGAUGACGCCUUUGCCUUGGUCUCGCCCUCCUCACAAGGGAGUUCCGCCCCUCUGACACUCCCCGGGGUCACGGCGAUUGCCGGAGGAGGAGGAGUCAGCCCUGCUCCAACCUCCAGCCCACCCCCACGCCCCGUCCGCCAAUGGGGCUCCUCGUCCUACCCGACAGGCCCUGCUAACAGCCCUUUCGCUGCAAGGUAUGCAGAAUUAGGAAUGUCCCCUACAUCUGUCCAGAGCUUGCUGCAGAGGCAGGCACUGGGCUCAGGGUAUCUUAUGUCAGGGGAGCUGCAGUCUGAUCCUGGAUACUCCAGCAGGGGGCAUUAUGGAGAAGACCUCCCAUCUUCUUCACGACCGCGGCCAGUAGGGGGCAGCGCAGGUGCGCAAUUGCAUCAGCUGACACAGGUGGGCUUGUCAAGUCGGAUCAGCAUGUACCCAGGGGUGGGUCGCAGUGUGUCUGGUCCCUCCGGAUCCAGCUGGGCUCAGUACCGCUCAGAUGAGGCGGUCUCCAGGCCCGGAGCCAACCGCGAGACUCAGAUCCUGACGUUUCCGGAGUAUUCCUCAUCUCCCGUGUUCCAGAUGCCCCGGACCUCCCUGGGAGACCCUCCCACCCCCACUGCAGUCUACGCUGCUCGGGAUGAGUCCUCCCCUCUCCCGCACUCCUCGGCCUCCCUCAUCAAGGCCAUCAGGGAGGAGCUCCAGAGACUGUCUCAGAAGCAGGCCGCUGUCGUAGCCAGCUACCACAGCUGAGACCCGCCUUAGCUAACACCCCCCC